AUGUCUGCUGUCAUGGGCGACGGCACAGACUAUCCAAGUCCAAGAAGUGAAGGGCCCAGCGGACCUAGCGCUAUUCUCAUUGCUGCUCCAGAGUCUCUUUCACCAUCAAAGAUGGCAGAUUCCGUGCCAAAUCUCACUACAGAUGGAACUCGCCCACGAUUGUCGGUGAGACGGUCUCGCGAUCCUCCAAAGAACGAGUUGAAUCAGAUCUAUUGUGAUCAUACCGAGUGUCAACCCAACCCGCCUACAUUCCGUCGACCUUGCGAAUGGAAUAAACAUAUGGAUAAACACGAUCGCCCCUACAAGUGCAUGGAGCCCGGCUGUGACAAAAUCCAGGGAUUCACAUACUCCGGUGGACUUUUGCGACACCAACGCGAAGUGCACAAGAAGAAUGCCACAGCCAAAAAGUCCUUAAUGUGCCCUUAUGCCGACUGCAAUCGCAGCAAAGGCGAUGGCUUUACUCGACAAGAAAACCUCAAGGAACAUCUUCGCCGCCGUCACAUGCAUACAGAUAAUGGAGCUUCAUCGGAACUCUCGGCCCUUGCCGUUGCCGAAGUCGAGGGUCUGAAGUCAACACUUCUGGAACACACCCCAAGUCUCAAGCGCAAGCAUGAUUCUGUUGACUCCCCGCUUGAUAUUUUGGACGGAGAUGAAGAAAGCUCGGUCGAUCUCCAUGACGAAGUGAAACGUCUGCGGCUCGAAGUGGAAAAGAAGGACAGGCGUCUAGAAGAACUCGAGCGAAUUGUAGCAGGACUGCAACAGUCGAUUCCCCAACACGGCGGUAUGGCAGUGGUUGCUGGUAGCGAAGUUUGA